AUGGCUCGGGCCCAGCCCGCCGGCGGGCGGCCAUGCGGCCGCACGGGCCCGCACCGCGCCCGCGCCCUCCCCGCCCGCGGGACAAAGGCGGCCAAGGGCAUCCUGGUUUAUAUCAGCAACGGUGUGGCCAGCGGGACCAGGGCACUGACCAUCUCCCUGUUCUGGGCGCUGCUGAGGCACCUCAAAUCCUGGGGAGGUCUUUGCUUACCUGGUUACUUGCUGUUUGUUUCAGGUAUCACUUGGGUGCUGGUUUACCGGACAGACAAAUACAAGAGAUUAAAGGCUGAAGUGGAAAAGCAGAGCAAGAAAUUGGAAAAGAAGAAGGAAACGAUAACUGAAUCAGCAGGCCGACAGCAGAAAAAGAAGAUAGAGAGACAAGAAGAGAAGCUGAAGAAUAACAACAGGGACUUGUCAAUGGUUCGAAUGAAAUCCAUGUUUGCCAUUGGCUUCUGCUUUACUGCCUUGAUGGGAAUGUUCAACUCCAUAUUUGAUGGCCGAGUGGUGGCAAAGCUUCCCUUUAUCCCCCUCUCAUACAUCCAAGGUCUCUCCCACCGCAACCUGCUGGGUGAGGAUUACACCGACUGCUCCUUCAUCUUCCUCUACAUUCUCUGCACAAUGUCCAUCAGACAGAAUAUCCAGAAGAUGCUCGGUCUUGCUCCUUCCCGGGCUGCCACCAAGCAGGCAGGAGGCUUCCUUGGCCCCCCACCUCAGGCAGGGAAGUUCUCCUAAAGCACAGCCUUCAUGGAAGGCCUGGCCAGUGCACUAGACUGCCUUUGGGAGGUAACAAGAUGGGAUUCCGCACCAGGCAUCACCUGUCCAAACAAAACCAGGCUAUGCAGUAUUGAAAUCAUCAUCCAUUUGGAGUGUUCCACCAGCAGUUGAUGGCUCAUCAAACCAGGAAACAUCUCUGAGAAGAUAACUCGACCUUUUGUUUCUGAGAAAUAAACGGCAUGGGCAUGUUAAUUAAUG